UGUCUGCUGGUAACUGAAGAACUGUAGCCACGAUCAGUUGCAGACGGUCAGUCGUGCGAGACAGUUGAGUGCGCGGCGGUGUGAAAAUUGCCAACAACGAAAGCUCGAGCAAACUACUACUACUACUACAAAAAAAAAGAACCUACACAAUUACAGCAAAAGCAAUAAACUAAAAUACGUUAAAAAUAUAAAAACAACAACAACAACUCCCCCAUACAGCGAGAAACAGAGCAGCGUAUCCCAAAAACAAAAAAAAAACAUGAAGUUCGUUAUAUUGCUGUGCGUGCUAAGUGCGCUGCUGUUGCAAAUUGAGGCAUCGCCUCUGCAGCUGCUCGCGCGCAGCGAGCGGGCGGUGGCGCGUCAGCAAGCGGUCAACAACGAUGUGGCACCAGCGGCGGCGCCAGCCGAUGACGAUGAUGAUGAUGACGACGAAGACGAUGAUGAUGAUGAGCCAGAUCUAGGAGAUUUGGUAGAUGAUGAUGAUGAUGACGAAGACGAUGAUGAGGACGACGAUGAUGAAGAGGACGACACGCCACAGGGACAAGCUGCGCCUGCGCCCGCCGCUGCCAGCGAUGAUGAUGAGGAGGAAGACGAUGACGAUGAUGACUAUCUGGACAGACUGUUUGACGACAUUCUGGGCGAUGAAGAUGAUGAGGAUGAUGAUGAUGAUGCCUCGCCCGCUGCCAGCGCUGCCAGCAGUCCCGUUGCUGCUGCGCCCGCUCAGGCUAUUGAAGAGAUUGCGCCCGCUGCCAGCAGCGGCUUGACCACCGGCAUUUCCGAUGGCGUCGAUCUGCCCGCCGAGAGCGGCAAUGCCAUUGAGCCUGCAGCCAGCGGCAACACCGCCGAGGAGCUUGCUGCUGCUGCCGCGCCAGCAAUCAGCACCAACAGCGUCAACAACAACAACAACAACGAAGGUGAACUAAAUGUUUUUUACGAUGAAGAUGCACUUGUAGAUGGUAGUAGUGGUAGCACCCCUAGUUUAAGUAGCACCAAUGCAAAUGACCAACAAAAACAAAACAUACAGCAACAAGUACAACAACAAAUACAGCAACAACAACAACAAUCACAACAACAAGCGACACAUCAAACAAUAACAAGCCAUAAUCAAGCAUCAUCACAACAGCAUACAACAGCAACUGCAACUGCAACUGCAACAGCAACUGCAACAGCAACUAAAAACACGCUAAUUAACAACAAUCAUAAUAAUAACAAUUUAGUUGUCAAUGCCGUUGCGGCGAAGCCAGCAACAACACUAACAGCAACAGCAGCCAAGCCAGUUGCUGCUGGUGUUGGUGGAGUCGCCGCUUCGGCUGACGACGAGGACACGGACGACGAUGACGAUGACUAUGAUAUUGAUGAUGGAGUCGAUGAAAUUACAGGUGCACUCGCUGGCGAUGACGAGGAGGGCGACGAUGAUGAUGAUGAGGACGAUGAUGAUGAGGAUAUCGAUAUCGGUGAUGACGUCAUCGAGGCAAGACGCGAAGCACGUGAUCUGAAGAACAACGUCAUCGACAUGUCCACGGAUGUGUUCCAAGCGCGUCACAAUCACUUCAUCGAUGCCAUUUUCUCGCGCAUUAAUAAAAUCGUCGCCGACAAUUAUGAUCCGUUUGUGGUGCGUCUGGCGGGACGUUCGGCCGCUGCAGCAACAGCCACGCCCAGCUACGGAAACGCUGUGAAGACCACAACAAAGACCAAGAAGGGCAAUGCCAAUCACAAGGGCACAACGCACAAGAAGCUCAAAAACACGCGCUCCGAGCCGCGUGCUGCCAGCACCAGCAGCAGCACAGAGUCUGUUAAAUUGCAAGAGCAAUUGACGCAAUUACAGAGCGAGCUGGGACUCAAAGCAAUGGAGCCGGUUGAACAGGGCGCAGCAUCCGCUGCGGCAGGCAAGGCGGAAACACGCACCGUGUUCGCUGGCGAGUCGAAUGGCAAGGCCGCCAACGCCAAGAAGACAGCAACAACAACAACAACGUCAGCAGGGGCAGGGGCGUCGGGUCACAAGCACAACACGAAAAAGGCAGCAGCCAAUGGAGCCAGCUACAAUCAGCCGCCAGUGGGCGCGAGCAAGGCGGAAGUGGAGAAGCUGCAAAAGGCCGAGGGCAGCCUGUCGGGGCUGGCGACGCUGAAGCGCGUGGGCAAUGUGAAGGUGAUCAGCGAUGCGGAAGGACGCAAUUCGACCAUUAAGGCCAAAUUCACGCUCGGACCGCUGAUGUUGCGCGUCGAGAAGUCCUUCAAGCGCGGCAGCGUGCGCAGCGUGAAAAGCGCCACGGCACGCACCAACGAAAUGAUCGGACGCAUCAAGUUCAGUGUGCUGGACGAUCGGGCUACGCUCAUGUCCAUCAAGGUGCAGCAGCCCAAGCAGGUCGAGGUGGAGAGCAAGGACAAUCACGACCGCACACGCGAGUUCGUCUGGCGUCGCACGCCCAAGAUUGCCAAAUUGGUCAAUGAGAAGCUCAAAUUGGCAGCCGAGUCGCUCUUCGCGCCACAGGGCGUGGAGGUGGUGCGUCUUUAAAGCAAACUAAAUUUAGUCGCUACUA